AUGUCCAGCAACUCACUCCGCAUCUUGAAUCUCUCCAAGGCUCGGAGCAUCUUGGUGUGCUGGGUGGCCACCAUGGGCCAUUGGUACUGUAGGCUGCUCCUGCUGCUGCUGUUCCUGGUGCCAGGCUCCAGCAGCGCCUCCGAGAGCACCUUUGAGCUGCCUGACAAUGCCAAGCAGUGUUUCCACGAGGACAUCACGCAGGGCACCAAGGGCACCCUCCAGUUCCAGGUAAUCACUGGUGAUCACUGUGAUGUAGAUUGUUGAUUAGAAGAUCCUGAUGGUAAUGGUUUGUACAAGGAGAUGAAGAAACAGUAUGAUAACUAUACCUUCACAGCCUCCAAAAACAGGACAUACAAAUUUUGCUUCAGCAAAGAAUUUUCUACUUUUACACAUGAAGCUGUAUAUUUUGAUUUUCAAGUUGGAGAAGAUCCACCUUUGCUUCCUGGUGAGAACCGAGUCAGGACUCUUACCCAGAUGCAAUCUGUCUAUGUUUCAAUUCAGGAAGCUCUGAAAUCUGUCAUUGACUAUCAGACUCACUUCCAACUGAGAGAAGCUCAAGGCCGAAGCAGCGCUGAGGAUCUAAAUACAAGAGUGGUCUACUGGUUAGUAAGAGAAGCCCUCAUUCUUCUAGUGGUUAGCAUAGCGCAGGUGUUUCUUUUGAAAAGCUUUUUCUCAGAUAAAAGAACCAGGACAACUUGUGUUGAAUCUUAA